UCCUAGGAUUGAUAUAUGUGGAAGUCUAACCUUCUUUCCGAUGGCUUCGUUUGCAAUGAUUCAAAUUAAUGACGAGGGAAUUAUAUCAUCACCAAUAUGAAUUUCUUACUAGCAUGCGCGUGUAAAACUGUGGCGUUAUGGAUACUUGUAUAUAUAACCCAUUAUUGUGAAGGAUUGGGUACUCCUGCAAUCACAGAUAUAAACGAUGUCGGUGUGCUUAGUUUGUUACAACCAACAUUUGUUGGGAGAAACGUGACGUUCGAAUUCACACCGUAUACACCGACUACAAUAGGCGAUAUCAGGUGGAACUAUAUAAAAAAGAAUGGGUCAGGUGUAAAGGCACUUAAAGAAAAUGAUUUACAUGUACAGCAUAAGGAAAAAUCUACAUUGUUAACAAUACCUGAUGUAGAUAGCAGUUUCAAUGGGACCAUUGUAUACACAUCAAUUGGAAACACGAGCAUGUCUGCCUUAUUCGAAUUGAACUUACAAGUUUACACAUAUGCAAACGGCUGUGGAGAACUGUACUUUCUUUCUGAGGGACCCUAUUUUGCCGGAGAUAAUGUGUGGCUUGGAUAUUUCCCGUCACCAAGGGUUGCAAAAGAGACAAAUGCAAGCAAGUAUUCUGUAAAACUCAUCAAUGGCAGUAAUGAGAACCAUACUUCCAUUGAACAAGCCAAAGGUGUUUUAGAGCUUGCGCAGGUUGGCCACGAGUUUAUCUUUACUUUGUUCAACGUUAAGAAAAAUGACAGAGGACUAUAUUGGAUUCAAUGUCUGAAUCGAAUUUCCGGAGAAAACUCUAAUGCUGUAUAUGUGUCGAUUAAAGGUAAGCCGGUAAUUGGUCCUUUGGCCAGAAUCUCUACAUGCAGAGAUUGCAUCGUUCUCAAGGCAAACGAAACACUUGCAAAAGUGUACUGCGAAACGGGUGAAGAGUAUAACGCCACCGAUGUUAAGUUUGAAAUAGGAGUUAAUCAGUAUGAUUCAAUCAAAUUGUCAAGGAAUCGAUUUAGAUUGGAUACCUUUGAAAAACCAGCAGAUGCAUUACAUCAACUAAAUGUUAUUUGCACUGUUCUUGUAAAGGACAGGAACGCGUCAGUGAAAGCUUCAAUAUUUGUAGUUGGAAAUCCAAAUGGCCCACCACAUCUAUCGGCUGAGGAAGUGCUGUGGGAGGGAGAUACUGUAAAUAUAACUUGCACAUCAUCGAGCGCAAGGCCGCCACCAUUACUGAAAUUUCUUGUCGGAGCUACUGAAAUUGAUACCAAUUCCAUUGUAUCAACAACGCUUAACGACUCAACCGGACUAUUCACAUCUGUAUCCAGACUGCAUUCGUUUAAGAGGGAGUGGGGAAACAAGAAGAUGUCAUGUCGACAGCUUCCGGAGGUGAAUGGAUUAUAUAACGAGACAGUGUCAAGCAAUGCCCCCCAUCUCUUAUCAUUCUUGUUAAUGAACAACGCAAACUUCCAAAAGUUAUAA